CAGGCAGCGCGUCACAGUGGAGGCAGCGGCGGUGUCGUUGAGGGACACUUUUUUCUCCCUUCUGGCGAGAGUGCCGCCCGGACAGGCGGAAGAUGUCCGCGCCCUGCUGCAGUCGCGCGUUGGUGUUUAUGUCCUGAUAACCUGCGUGUGAAGUACGCGUGCGUGCAAGUGGCCUGCACAACACACCGGACCAUGGCUGACGCACUUUGGCGUGAUUGUGCGAACUGGCUGAUUCGCUGCCAAGCGCUGCCGUCCGACCACCGUGUCACUUGGGCGAACGCACAACUGAUCGACUUGGCCAACACGCUGCGGGACGGUGUGCUCUUGUGCCAGCUCCUCAACAAACUUCAGCCAGGAUGUGUGGACUUGAAAGAGAUGAGUCUACGGCCGCAGAUGUCGCAGUUCCUCUGCCUGAAAAACAUCCGGACGUUUCUGCAAACCUGCAAGAAUGUCUUCAACCUCAGCAACAGUGACCUUUUCGAGCCCAACAUGCUGUUCGAGUAUGGGGACUUCAGAAAGGUGCUACACACGCUGGCGGUGCUCUCGAGAUCCCCCAAGGCGGAAGAAUCCGGUGUUAGGGGCUUUUCAGACAAGUCAUCAACGUCGCAUGACUAUUACAAUGAUGAGGUGUUCAAUCUUGAGGACGCUGUCAACCACAAUGAUGACACUAUGGUGGUCUUCGAUUUUCCUGUAACACCUCGUCGAACACGUGAAGAAGAUGUUUACGAAGACUUGUGCUACGUCACCCUACGGGUGAAUGAGGUACCUGCAGCUGCUCCUACUGCACCUCUGGAAAAGAGAGACUACUGUAUCAAAGAGCUCAUAGAAACAGAAAAAAACUAUAUUGAAGCCCUCAAUAUGAUUACUCGCGAUUUUAUGCGCCCUUUGAAAGAUGUCCUGACACCUGAAGAAAAUGAGAUUAUAUUCAAGCACAUCAAGGAACUUGCAGAAACUCAUACAGGCUUUCAUGCAGACCUACAUAAAGCUUGUGUAUCAUCCCAGCACCUCAAAAUCAGCGAUUGCUUUCUUCGUUGGAAGGAGAAGUUUAUUGUCUAUGGUGACUACUGCUCCAAUCUGCCCAAGGCUCAAGAACAAAUUGAUGAGCUUUGCUCCAAGAAACAGCUGGUCAACCAAUGUGUCUUGAAUUGCCAGCAAAAAGCAAAUGAUGGAAAGUUUAAGCUACGUGACCUGCUUUCUGUUCCUAUGCAGAGGGUUCUAAAAUAUCAUUUACUGUUGAAGGAGCUUAUGAAGAACACUGCUGAAGGGCAUGAGGACCAUCAUGGCUUAGAGAAAGCUCUGCAAUCUAUGCUCGAUUUGGCUCAUUAUAUUAAUGAGGUGAAGAGGGACAACGAGACUCUGCAAAUUAUUGCAGACAUCCAGGCUAGCAUUACUGAUGUGGACUUGCCCCAGAACAUGGAGUUGAAAGACUACGGAAGAUUGUUGAAGGAUGGAGAACUUAAAAUUAAGUCGCAUGAUGAUAACAACAAAAUUAAAAAUAGAUACAUUUUCAUUUUUGACAGAAUGAUGCUUAUGUGCAAGUCUACUAAGGGAGAGCAAUACAUCUACAAGUCUGCCCUGGCUCUUUGUGACUACAGGCUCGAGAAUGCACCAGCCAAUGCAAGAAUGGCAACUCGAUAUUACUGGUACCUGGUCCAUGUUGAGAACAGAACGGCUUACACAAUGUAUGCUAAAACAGAAGAAAUGAAGAAAAAAUGGAUUGAGGCCAUUGAAAAGGCGAUGGACAACAUUAACCCCUCGGUUGCCAAGUACACUGACCACCAGUUUAUAAUGCACACAUUCAAGGUUCCCACUUACUGUGCAGACUGCAACAAGUUGCUACCGGGAAUUUUCUUUCAAGGCUAUAAAUGCACAGUCUGUGGUCUUGGUGUCCACAAAGUUUGCAUUGGAACUGUGCGGUCCUGUGGUGCCCCCAGCCUGCCUCCACGACCAGGUUCCCACCUUGGUUCACAGUCCUCAACAGAUGAGCCUUCAACUCCUCCACGACCACAUACUGACCAUGGAGCCAAUGGAAUUCGGUUUUCCAUUUCUAUAGCAAAGGCCAAACAGUCAUUCAGCAGCUCCAGCCCUGGGUACCUGUCAUUUGCUGCCGAUGACAUCAUUGAGGUUCUCAGAAAAAUCAGCAGCUCCAUUUGGGAGGGCCGCCUACAAAGAACUGCAGAAGAAGGCUUUUUUCCUGCGGCAUGUGUUGAAGAGCUGGACAAGCGGGGCUCAUAUGAGUGCCCAGCGCCCCUGGGCAGGAGCUACAGUUCAGGACCGCAAGGCAUGCAGUCAGCACCUCCUUUACCUCCAAGUCGUGACGGCUAUGUCAACUUGAACCUUGAAGAAUAUCCCUGGUUUGCUGGCACCAUGGAGAGGGAAGGAGCCACUGCCCUACUAGAAAAAUCACCAAUAGGCACUUUCCUUUUGCGCAUAAGUGCAAAGCAGAAUGGUGGUUAUGCUAUCAGCAUAAAUUUUGACAAUGAAGUCAAGCAUAUGCGAGUCUACUAUGAAGACAACCAGUUUCAUUUAUCCAAGACGAAAAUGUUUCGAAGCAUAGUGGAGCUAGUUUCAUGGUACGAAACCCACAGCCUCUCGGAAAGUUUUAGGGGACUUGACAUUUCCCUUCUCAUUCCAUUUAAAAAUGUUGUCAGCACACCAAUCACAAAUGGAACGGUGGAACACUUGGGGCAUGCAGUGGCAUUGCACAACUUUCAGCCAACAACGGAAAGCAUGCUGGGUCUGGUCAAAGGUGAUGUGGUUACGGUGCUCAGCAAAGCGGGUCAGGAAAAAGGCUGGUGGAAAGGUCAAAUUCAGGAGCGUGUUGGCUACUUUCCCUGGCAGUAUGUGCAAGAGCUUCCAACUACCAGCACUGAAUGCUAACUCGUGUGCUUGCCACUUCAAAUUCUGCUGGAAGUUUGUGGCUGCCCAUUUAUGGCCACGAAUUGCAGAAAGCAAUAGGAUCUUGUGUGACAAGCAUUUGUGUAUUUAAAGGAAGAAACAGAUACCGUGAAUAUAAGAGUGAACCUUAUUUCAUUUUUGUUAUAACUAUGUGAAAUCCUGUUGUACAUGUACUGUUGCUCUGUUUGUGUGAUUUCGGCUCCGUUUCUUUUUAAAUGCCUGGAAAUUUCACAAUGAGGGACACAAAUUGGACAUGCACUAACUUUCUCUAUUGUGCUGUCUAAGUGAUGGAUGUGUAAGUUAUAGACUCAUGCAUGCCCUUUACCUCAAUAUACUUUACUACAAGGCUGUAUUUCUCAAUUCAUUUUAUUUUAAAGUCAUCAAUGAAGUUCAACUCUUGCUUUUUCUCCCUCAAAAUGUCCCCUCACAUCGGCCAUAGCAGUGUGUGGCCAGAAGGUGUAGCGCUGCAGGGAACACUUUUCUGGGUCUUGUAAGUGUAAAUAAGGUCUUUAAAAGCCCUUUCCUAUUGAAUCCCCUUUAGGAUUCCAAAGUGUGUUGAAAUUGCAUAUUCAGCUUCUGCAUAUGAUGUUGCAAAUUGUCAGGAGAAAUUAGCUAAGCCAGUCUGUUACGUUUACAUUUUUUUUUUGCUGAACUAGCUCCAACUUUGCUAUUGUUAGCAAAUUUUCCACUUGUAAUGCGGCUUGUAAUGACAACAGCUUUUGUGUAGCUAUUGUCAUUAUCGUAAUGUUUCAUGCUUUAUUGGUGACCAUUCUGGGUGUGCUGAGCAGGCACACUAUAAGCUAGGCACUUGGUCACUGGAAAAAUAGUGGCAUAGACAAUUUCUAAGUUGCGUUGGUGGCAUGCAGCCUGCCGACAGUAGAAUAUGGCAACAAAAUUAAGUUUACAUGCAUGCACAACAUUUUUUUUUAAUCUCACAAUUUUUUGUGACCUGUUAACCACUGUCGUAAAGAUGCCUGCAACAAAAAAACAAAGAUGUGGCCAGGUGUAUAGCAUGAACAUGAGCAUUGAUCUUGUUCAGUGAGCAUCUGAAAUCAUGCGACCUGAUAUCUAUGCUACAAUUAUUUUCAUCACAACGAAUAUAUGAUGUCGUGAUAAAAUGUGCUUUUGUUACUCACAUGUCCUCUAUUAUGAGUGGGAAAAGUCGCAGAAACAUCAUUUUAGUGCUAUUGUAGUGCAUCUAUGUGUUUAAAACCCUCAUCACUUACUAUGUAUGCCAUUGGCCUUAAUAUGCAUUUAUCAAAAGAUGCCAGCAAGAAAAAAAAAGGAGGGGGGGGGGGGGUGAGCAUGUAGGGAAUAGAAAUGUAGGCAGAAUAGUGCCCAAUGUUUGCACUUCCUUAAGUAAUAGCCAUUUGACUAUUUCUGUAUUCACCCUUACCCUAUCAGGGUGAAGCUUCAUGGUUGUUCUACAUGGCAAAGCAGUGAAUAGACACUUGAAAAAUGUUUUCUUGUCAACUGCUGUCUUGUCAGCAUCCUGCUUCUUGUGCUGUAUUUUGCUUCUCAAUCUUGUUUCUAGUGUUUCUCUGCAGUAAGGUGUGAGGUUGUGCAUUUCUCAUUGCCUGGUGUGUUCUUUUUGAUUGUUCAGUGCACCCCUCCUAGUCAUGGCUGUUAUUUUUCUCUAGUUUUUUGUCAUCAGUUUUUAUAUGCUUUUAUAACUCUUUCAGCUUUUUGUAUGGCAAGUGGUCAUUAGCUUGUCCUACAGUCUAGCUUUAUCUUAUCUACUUCAGAUGGUUUACUAAAACUCUCAUUCAGAUAAAUGUUGACGUUAGAAUAGCGAGUUUAAUAUUGAAAGUGUGGCUGCACCAUUUUGCUAUUUGUGCUCCACCAUAUGUUUCAAUGAAACUCAUUUUUAUUGAACAAAUAUAUGCCAUGUUUCAUAAUGGAUCCUAAAAUUCUGUUACACAUAACACGAAUGAACAAAUUUGUUGCCAAGUGUAUCAAGUGUCAUUAAUGUUUAUCAAAGUAUUUUUUCCAAACUAAAAUGGUGCACAAAGGCCCCUUACUGCAUUCCAAUGUUCGAUGAAAUGAGAAAAAGAAGUUUGCUCACCAAGGUGCAGCUGACACAUUUCGUAGCUUUAGAAUUGUAUUGUGACAUCGGAAGGCAGAUUGGUGCUAUUGUUUUUCACCAGUCCAUCAUUGAUAUGAACACAGACCUAGCCAAACAAACAAAAUACUUCUUCAGUGAUGAGAGUUGUGUCCAUCUUGGUGGCUGUUCAUUUGCCUUCGGCGUUGCCUUUGGCCACAACUGUACAGUGCCGAAAUCUUUGCUAGGCCAGUCACCAUUGGAAAGGGCGGCUGCACACUUCAGUGUUAAAGAAGUACUGGCAUGAUGUUUUCAGCUGUCAUUUUUUUUGUCUGAAUCAAGGUCCACAACUAUGAAAUAGAUAGUGGAAAGUGCCAAAGUGCUCUAUAAACAUAAUUAUGAAAAUUAUAAAUGCAUAAGAAAAUUAUGUAUACAUAAUUUCUUUCAGUAAUUGCCUCUAUUAAACAGUUUCAGUUUCAAUACCUUGGAGGUGGAAGUGUCAUGAUCUGCUGGCUCACUUCAGCCUUGGGAUUGCUGCUGCUGGCACAUGAGAUUGCAGGCAGAAAAAAAAAAAAAAAGUGAUGAGUGCUUUUGUUUUGUUUUUUAACUAACAUCAUCACACCAAGUCUUAUUUGUGCACAAUGUCAGCAAAUAUUUAUCUAUGUAACGACACCACAGUGCCAAUGAAACCAGGCGUUGCAUUUUGAGAUCAAAUUUAACAUCAAAUCAAUAGGAACUUGUGCCUCCUAGCAUUCAAACUUACCAUAACCCAUUUCAUCUGAGAAGCAUAUGCUUCUAAAACUCUGAAAAUAUGUGUCGUACUCCUUCAACCAGAAAGCAGCAACAUUCCUCUACACUUUCUUUUGCAUCUAUAUAAGCUGACUAUUGCUAAGUAUGGCCACUUUCCUGCGCUGCUGCAGGCGACUGAUGUUAUGAGUGAGCUGGUGAAAGUUGCAACUCCCCUUAGUGUAGGCACUUGUUGUGUGAUGUACCUGAUCAACUCUUUUGCUGCAGCCAUUGCCGCAGUGUGUAGCUAAGCCUGUAUUAGGCCGUCGGCUCCAUCAAAGGUGCUGUGCAACCAGCCCUUCUUUCGGGUGUCGUGCAGCGCCUAUGCUAUUGCUGUUUCGCACUCCAGAGGGAUCACAUUUAGCUUGCCUGCCGCAAGUGUACCUGCUCUACUUCUUCAUUACUGGCAUGACCCCCGCUUUUUUUUUCAGAGAGGGAGCAUUAUAGUAACCCUUUCUUGACCUUGCACCUAUCUUGCACGACCAUUUUGUAGUGUGUACUGCAAAUAUUCUUGUGCACCUUUCGGAGGUUUACAAUCUUAUUUCUGUGUGUAGGCCUGCCAAAAGGCUCGCAAAGAAAUUUUAAUCCAGUGUAACAUGUUUGAGAUAGUAUGUGAAACACCCUUUUCUUGUUCUGUCUGUGUAAAGCUUACACCUAUCAAAACUCGACCUGUGAAUGCCUCUGGCACGCUAGUUGCAUUUUUGUGCUGUAUAAGGUACGUCCGAACAGUGUCUAAUCACACAUCUUAAAGAUCACCCCUGUAUACCUGACCUUCAUCCUCGAGGUGCCAUUGGCAUUGACAAUACACUUUUUCUGUAUAUAUGCACACGUUGAUGUUUAUCUAUUGUAUUGUGAAAACUCUUUUGUGCUAGAAAAAAACGUAUUCACUGAAGCAUGCUUAGCAAAAAAAAAAGGUUACCGGUGAUGUCAGAUUCUAUACAUAAACAUAAAGAAAAACAGCUGGGGGCCUGAUAUUCCAGUAGGGAAUGUUAGUUACCAUUAUUUGUCUUAUUUUUUUGGUACAAUAUCCUGGAAUGAAUACCAUGUUGUGCAAGGAUAUGCCAACAUAGUGCACUCUUGUGCUGCCUUGCAUCUAAUCUUGCAUGCUUGCUAUGGUGUAUUCUCUUUUAGACUGUUUAAGUGCUCAUAGGUCUGUUAUUUUAUCUUAAAAGGGUACUUUUGUUUUGACUUUUAUACAAGCCCCUUUUUCAGUAGUGACAGUAUCAUGCGAUCACUGAGUGAACAAAUUACUUUGAAUUGUUACAAGUAUGACAGCACAGUUACCACAUAUUAAACUUCUUGUAGCAAUUCAUACUAUCAAAAACUAUUCAGCAGAUAGAGCAAUGUGUCAUUUCUUUAAGAUCCAAACAUAAUAUUCUGUAACAGCUUAUUAUAACUAAGACAACACAGACCCACUUAUUUUGUUUGUUUUUCAGUUUUUUUAACAAUGCUUUUACAUCUGCGGUUAAAACAGCACUGACGUGGCAAUUGAAGCUUUUUUUUAUUAUUCUUAUUAUUACAUUUAAGGUUUUAGAUCUUGAAAUCCCAGAAUAAGUACAGGCAGUCUCAAAAUAUCAUACAUAAUAUACAAUGGUAAUAACCUCUUAAACAGUUUCAUUUCAUCAGUAGGUGUAUGUGUGCCAACAAAGACGCACAGGGUGCUCACCUGGGAGCAGGACAUUGCUACAUUUUGUUGUUCGUCAUGGCUCACUUUGUUGUCUGCCUUGCUGCUACUUAUUGUGUGGUCUAAUGCAGCAGCAUAACAGACCACUAGGCAAGCCAGUGGGAUGUCACGAUGUCUCAAUGUCUUGCUACCACCUGACCGCCACUUCUUGAAGAAAUAAAACUGACUCUUAAGAUGUUAUUAUGAUAAAUUACAUAAGUGAUAUAGAGGCUUAUUUGAGUCUUUCUUGAUUUUUUAAAUAUUCAUGGCUGUUAAUUUUUUAAUUAACAUUAUAAAAUGUCAUCUCAUCACAAUGACAUCAUUAUUAUUGGAGCUGCUGUAAAGUUUAAGCAACUUUUGAAAACUGAUUGAGAUGUCUCAAUCAUCCUAAAGUAUAAGGGACAUCAUUCAUAUGCUCUAACCAAGAGCCGUCCAGGAGAUUCAUAUUUUUUCUAGCCUGUCGGGUGAUGUAUGUGCCAAAUGCGUGAUGUGGAUUACUGUGCCAACAUAUAUUACAGCGUGAAUGUUUGUAUACAGAGCUAUUAUAGGGACAAGAAUGGCACAUCUCAUUAGCUUGAGCCAAUGUAUGCUUUGUUUGAGCCUGUUGCAGUGCUAUUUGCCAGUUCUGUUAUUCAGCAGUUGCACUGAAUAAGGCUGAAGUCAGAAGGCUCACACAAUGUGUGUAUUCUUCGUUAAACACAGGUGUCAUAAGAGCAUUUUGAUCUAUGUAUAAAGAAGAUAAGUUCCGAUAUCUAUAUUAAUUUUGUACUAUAAUGCUCCCAAAUCAAUGCUGAACAUGUAGAUACUGAUCGCUAUGUUAUUUGUUUUGAGCUUGUUUUGGCAACCUGAAUUUACCCCAAUGAAAUAUUGCCACUGUCAAUUCACAUUUUAUUGUUGUAUUGUUUUUUGUUAAGGUAAUAAAAUAUCUUUUUUUCUAUA